ACAAAAGGUAGUCUCUAAAAUAACAAAAAUAAAACUAAAAUUUAAUGUGUUAUAAAAUAAAAUGAGAAUAGUUACAUAUAAUUUGAAAAAAUAUGUUUCAACGACUUUAUUUGUUAUAUUUGUUGAUAUUCAACGUCGAGGAAGUCCAGCGAUGUCGACUGAAUUCUAGAAACCAUUUUGGAGAACCUUUGCCAGUCAUUAUCAAGGAUGGAAAGCUACUGGAGCCCACAGACAGGUAUGGCAAUGUCGAUUUGACAAGAGGCGAAAAUUUAACAUUAAGUUGCGAAGGAUCUGGCCACUUAUACCACCCUAGUAUGAAUCAUGAAGAAAUCACAGCGACUAUAACUUGUGAUACAGGAGAAUACUUCACGAAUAACGCAUGGUUGAAUGGUUCAGCUGGCUUCACCAGCUUCCGUUGUUCCUAUCCACCACCCCACGUUAGCGAACGAACAAAUCGUACCUGUUUUCAAGACAAUAGAAUCUACGAGGUCGGAUAUCGUAUUCAAAAUGAAUGGUACCCUAUUUACGAGUCUUGUUUCGAUGAAAAUCGCCUUAAUGCUAUAUACUCCAAGUACACACAGAAACCCUACAAUGCGAACUAUCAAACCAGAGUUGAACGGCCCUAUUUCAUAGAUGAUAAUAAUAUUUACAGAUCUGUGGGCGUUGAAUCGUUAUUUUCUCCAAAAGGCCAAAAAAAUGGUGUCGCUAAUCUAGUUGGUUCGAGAGUCAAUAGUUACUUUGUAGGAGACCAGUUGUUAUCAAGAGGGCAUCUUGCUGCUAAAACAGACUUUGUGUAUGCAUUCGGCGAGCGUGCCACUUUCCAUUAUGUCAACUGUGCUCCUCAGUGGACUGGUUUCAACGGAGGCAAUUGGAAUACACUAGAAGUGGAUCUUAGAAACCAUGUCAAUUAUGCUAAUUAUUACACUAUAAUAUACACUGGAACAUACGGAGUUUCAAGUUUGAUGAAUGAUCAAUAUCAAAGGGUUCAUUUGUAUCUUACUGAAGAUUACAACAAUAAUCAGGUCGUGCCAGUCCCUGAGUAUUUUUACAAAGUGGUUUAUGAACCGAGUACUCAAAAAGGUAUAGCAUUUAUUGGUAUUAAUAAUCCUUAUUAUAGUGUCAAUGAAGCCGUGGACAUGUUUUUCUGCCCUGACCUCUGUCGCGGCGGCUUGGACCUCAGCUGGUUGAGCUGGCAUCCGAACAAUCCAAGUGAGGGGUUUACUUUUUGCUGCAGUGUUCCUGAUUUUAGACAAACAGUGCGACAUCUUCCUCAUUUUGAAGUAACGGGGCUACUAACGUAUUAUUUUUUCGAUAAGAGUUUAAUAUAUUUUCUAAUUUGCUAUCGUUUUUUAUGCGUGCCACAUUCCUAGUUUCACAAAAAAAAUGUUUAUCUGUGCUAACAGUUCAAAACUGAACACAAUUAUUGCGCUCGUCUGCGCGCUGCGUCGACUUAAUAAAUUCCGUAGUAUAACUGAAAAGAAAUUCUUCUUACAAGCAUGUGAGUUAUUCAAGAUGCACAAUGCAAGUGGAUACAAGUGUCAAGUUCCGAUGGCGUCAUUGUGUUUUACAGAUUAUGGAAGUUUAUGGUGGUCUGGAAUACUAUAAGUUUUGAAUUGUUUAUUUGUAAUAAUUUUAUAGUUUUGA